CUACAUAAAGCGUUCGUAAUAUAUUUCAGCCUUCUUUAACUGCUUCUCGGCGAGUCAGUGGUUUUGAUGAUCUUACUGUAAAAAGAAGCUAUUCGUUGGUUGUUAUACAGAGUUAAUUUAAAAAUGCAGUUUUAUAUACAAAUAAUCUUUCUCGCAAUAAUUUUAGUAGGAUUAGUAAAAUGCGAUGUAUCGCAUGUUCUACAAGGGAUUGUCGUACAAGAGGAAAUUUCCACUCUCCCGCCACCGCCCAGACCCUACGCCUUCAGUUAUGCAGCAGGACGCAGCCCUGGCCAUAUUGAUCGUACCCACAGUGAAGUUUCUGAUGGAAGUGGUACAGUGCAAGGAUCUUUCUCCUAUGUAGAUCCAAAGAAUCAGGUACGAACCGUUGAAUAUGUUGCUGAUGCCCAUGGAUUCUAUCCUCGCCUAAGUCAUCCUCAAUUGGCUCCUUCACAAACAAAGGCCGUUGAGCGGGCCUCACAAAUGCAUUAUGCGUUGUACAACAAGAUUGCCGAAGAACGUGCUAAUCCUCCUCCUCAAGCAGUUGAAUCAUCACUUCCGAGAGACACUGUAGCUGUUUCCAAAGCUAAAGACAGACAUUUCACACUAUACGAGAAGAUUGCUAGAGAACAUGCUGCGAUUGCAGCAGAACGUGAAGCAGAACGACUGGCAUUUGAAGCAACAUCCGAAGUAAACGAACUGCACUGAAUGCCUCACAUGAAAAAUUAAACCAGUGUCAUACAUAUAUGAAUAUAAAUCUUCAAGGACAAUUGAAA